AUGGUGUGUAAAGGUACAAAACUUACGUCCUUGCUGGAAUACAUUCCGGCAUUCUUUCAUCAAGGAGAUUGUAAUCGAUCGUUAGUGGAGAUACCCAAAUGGUUGGAUAUAGAUAAGUAUCGCAAAGGGCAAAAGUUUGUAUCUGAAAAUUUUGCCGCAAUUAUUAUGGGAAAGCUAAUAGGCCUCAUCCAUAUAUACACUUUCAAUGAUAGUUUAAAACCAGUUAUUAUAGGAGGACACGGUCACACGCUGGAUUUAGGAUACAAAAGGUAUCUAUCAACUUUUAAGCGAAUUUUAAGCUGGUAUCAGGGAGACCCUUGGAUUAAAGGAACACAGGCUUAUAAAGACAUGCAGUUUACACAUAAAUUGCAUUUGCUAAUGAGUGAAAAAUUGCGUAAGCUCGAUAAUGAGCAAAUCGACGCUGCAUCUAAAAUCGCGGAACCGUGGUGUCCAGAUCGCGAAAUUUUUCUAAAAGAUUUUGCUACGGCAUGCCCAUUUGAAAAAUUCGCGCAAUUUCCUUUUACUAUGAUGAGUGAAUCGCCGUAUAGACCAAAAGGUAUAAAUAAUAUGGACCUCGCAAGUGUACAAGCCGCUUUUGUAGGUAUGUUUGUGUUGCGUCCGCAAGAUAUUGGAGUGCACAACGCAACAGAUGAAGAUAUAGAGUCUUUUUGUCAUAUGUGGAGAUGCUACGGAUAUUUUCUCGGAUUGGAAGACGAGCACAACUUUUUUCGUGGCAGUUUUGAAGAAAUAAAACAACGCACACAAGAUUUCUUCCAAUAUUGGAUAACGCCUAAUUUCAAGAUUAUUACGCCCGAAUGGGAGCACAUGACCAGAUGUGUUAUCGUACCAAUGAAUUAUUAUCGUUUUAUAUAUAUGCCUUAUAAAGCAAUGGUGUUAAUUGCUACAGACUUAUUAGAUUUAAAGAUGCCAAAUUUAUAUGCGUCUCUUAGUUAUUCAGAAUGGAUCGCUUAUAAAGUCUAUACAUUUAUACUUCAACAUGCUUUAAAAUUAUCUAUCAUAAGAAAAGCUAUGAACAAACUUGCAAUUUACAUUUUAAAUACUGCGGUAAACUAUAGCUCGGAAAAAAAGCCAGAACUUAAAAAAAAUCAAUGAAACUGUUAUCGUAAGUAAAGAAGGAGGAUUAUCAAAAUAUAAUAUAUACUAUUAUAUAAUCAAUAAAAUAAAUACAAUAGCUUUA